UUUUCGUUCCUUUGUCAUUGUUUAUAAAUAAACAAUUUAAAAAUGUUAAUUGUAACAAUAAAUAGAUAAUAAUUAAUAUUUACGAUUUUUUAUGUUUAUCUUAAAACAUUUAAAGGAAUAAUAAAUAUUUACAAAUUCAUAAUCUUAUAAUUAUAAUUAAUUGUUUUAAAUGUGUAGUUAAUUGCUUAGCAAAAUGCUAAAAAAACUUAAAAAUACAAAAUUGGAUGCUAAACUAAGAAACCUAUUGAUAUAAUAGUAUUACCGUUGAUUGUUAUCUUAGUGAUGAUUGAAGAAUAUAAUAAUAAAUUUAAUAACUAGUGAUUAACAUUUAACUAUACAAAAAAAUAAGUUUUAUGUUUUAAAUUUCAAAUAAACUGGACACAGAAAGUUCAAUAUUGAUCAUUAAUCAGCAAAAACAUCAAUAUUAUAGAAAAGAAGAAAAUUAAAAAAAACUUCCUGAACAUGAUUUCUGGACCUCAUUGAUCCAAAUGAAAAUGGAAAACUUAUCAAAAACAAGAAAUCUAAAUAAAAAUUUAUAAUAAAAUAAAAUAUUUUAACGAAAUUUCCGUUUUAUAACUUCCUUUAAAUAUAUAUAUAUAUAAAAAGUGAUUAGUAUCAUCACGCGAGGAGACAUAUGGAAUUCACUGGAAGUACAUCCUUUUUCGAGACAGAAAUUACAAUUUAAAUUAAUUAAUAAAAAACCAAUGGACCACAAAUCUUCACGCGCUGUUUAUCGCUUGAUAAACACUCGCCGCCGUCCAAAGCCGUGGUGGGGCGAUUUCUAGUUGCAAAGAAGUAAACUCACUAAAUUACCCCUGGAGGCACAAGAAAUUUACGAGUUUACCCGUCAUUAAAUAAAUAAUGAAAUGCCUAAAUUAGCCUUUGGACGGAAAUCACUUAACGGUGGCCGGUGGAAACUCCGGGCGGCGAGAUGGGAUCGAUAUUUUCCUAUAAAAGCCCGUCACCACACCCUCUCUUUCCCUCAUCAAAUUGCAUUCUCUUUGUCUCUUUCUCUCUCUAAGUUGCACCUAUAGAGCGACCCUCUUCUCUCUUUCUCUUUCUUUAUCGUUCCCCUGUGUGCGGAGUGAGAAGAGGUAAAUUCUCUCUCUAAGACUAAAAUUAAUUUUCGAUUUUCUUUUUCGCUUUUUAAUUUUUUUAAAUUUUUUUUAGGGUGGUGAUAAUUUCAGUGGUGGAAAUCUGGGAGGAUAGGAAAUGAGUUUGGUUGAAUAAUGGUGAGAGUGAAUGAGGAUGGGGGUGUUGACUAUUUAGAUUUGUGCAUUAUUUGUCUGACGAUUUUGAUUGGUUGGGUGAAUGGACUAGUUGUUUGAUCUCUCAACGUGGGGUGUCUGUGACGAUAAGAUCUUGGUGAAGGGUUUGUGCUGAUUGUGGGGAUUUGGAAUCGUGGUUGAUGGAUUGGGUGUUGAUAAAGUUAGUGACUUGUUGGUGGUUAUUGAAACCCUAAAUAUGGAUGGUUGUGCUCACUGGGGUGGAGUUUUGCGGUUUCAUGUUUAGUGUCUUGUUUUGGGGUUUGGGGGAGAAAUUAGUGGUUCUUUGAUCUGAGAUGAUGUGAGUUGAGGACUGUUUCGUGCUUGUGGUGAAGCUGUGUCUCAUUAUUGGCUUUGGUGGGAUUGGGUUAUGCCCCUUGUCAUCUCUGAUUGUUGAAAGGGGCGCUUUUGUUUGGUGGGUUUAUGUUAAAUGAGCAUUGGAUUGUUGAUUGAAGUCUGGCUUUUAGCGUCCUUAGCAUUGGUUAUGUUGUUAAGUUGUUUCUGCUGUUAGGUUUUGAUUUGCUAUCAGGGGUUUGUUUCCUCUGUUUUGUGUUUUUGUAUUUUUGUAUUUCUUUAAUGUUGAUCAAUAAUUAUACAUGUUUGAAAACCUACUCAUGUAAACAAGUCAUUGUUACCAGUAAAGAUUCGUAAAUUGUUGAUUUCCUUCUGUUCAAGGAAUUGUGUGUUUGGGUUUGGGGUAGGGGUCAAGUUCCAGGGCUAUAUUGCAUUGAAAAUUGUAUGUGCUAUGGCUUUCUCUGUAAAUUCAUUUGUUGAGAUAAUAUAUUUCAUUCCUUUGCUGUGCUUGAAGAAUUAUCGACCCUGUUUUUUUUCCCCCCCAACUUGCAGAUCCAUUGUCUUCCCUCAUUGUGGGCAUGUCAUGGAUACUGUCUCUUAAAAAGAAUAAAAUCAACGUGCCUGUGCAACGAUUUAUUCAGAAUUUUGUUUGUAUCCUUAUGCAUAUGAGAUGGGUUCUCGAGGAAGGCCAUUAUUUGAUCUCAAUGAGCCACCUGCUGAGGAUAAUGAUGAGAGAGAUGGUAAUUUCUGCUUCCAGCCUCUAAGGACACAGCCAUCAACAAAUCCUUAUGUUUCUGACUUAUUUGCAGGGUCAACUGCUGCCCAAGGAAUAAUAAACAAUCAUGCUUUUUCGCAUGCCUCAUCUGUCUCUGGAUUUCAACCUUUUGUUCGGCCUAAAUCCACUAGUGUCCCUGACACAGAUACUGAAUUGAAGAGAGUGGGAGAUCAGGAUACAAAGGAUUCCUCUAAGUCAAGUAAAGAUGAAGAUGCAAAAGUGAUGGAUUCACGGGUACUAAGUUCGGCCAAUGCCCAAUCUACUGAGAGGGAAGAAGGGGAAUGGUCUGACGAGGAGGGCUUUGCUGAUGUGAAUGGAGGUAAGAAUUUGCUACAACAAAUUCAAGCUUCAGAAGAGCAAGCAACAUCUGGAACGGUGGAUGGGGGUGUUGCAGUGGCUUCUGACAGUAAGUCUAGCAAUAUUAAGAGUUCUAAUAGUAUAAAUCAUGAAAAGAGUAGCCAUGCUUCUAUAGGUCUAGAAUCAAAUUCUAGUGAACAGAAAAGCAAUAGUAUCCCAAAUUCAGAAAGCAAUGUGAAAAAUGAAGCUUCUAUUGAUGCACAGGAGGAACCCACUUUAAUUCCCAAGCAAAAAGAAGUGAAAGGAAUUGAAGCAAGUCAUGCACUUAGGUGUGCAAAUAAUCCUGGGAAAAGGAAGAUUGACCAACGUAAAGAGGAAAUGUUGGGAAAGAAACGUAAUAGACAGACCAUGUUUCUGAAUUUGGAAGAUGUCAAGCAAGCAGGUCCUAUUAAAACCUCAACCCCUAGAAGGCAGACUUUCUCAUCCCCUGUCAUAAGUCGAACUAUAAAGGAAGUUCGCACUAUUCCUGCACAAGUUGAGCGUGUUGGAUUACCUAAGGAUCAGAAACAUGUUGAUCCAUCUUAUGGGGAAGGUGGAAACCAAGGUGAAGCACAUGAGCCUAAAUCUGAUUGUAAUGGUGAUACUUCUGGACUACUACAUGUUAGGGCUAGAAGACAAAACAGUGAAACAGAACCUCCUACAGAGGCCAAUUUACCACUCAUUCCAAGACAGGGUUCAUGGAAACAACUGACAGAAUCAAGGCAGCAGAAGAGUGUACUUGUUUCUAAUAGGAAGUUAGGACCGAGUGGUCUAAGCUCCAAUGAUGUCAAGUUGGGAAGCAAAAAACAACUUUCUAUCAAGAAGCAGGCUCCUGUCAGCAGUCAGUCCCAGGACACAUCUGUUGAACGCCUUAUAAGGGAGGUGACCAGUGAAAAGUUUUGGCAUCACCCAGAGGAGACUGAGCUACAAUGUGUUCCUGGACGGUUUGAAUCACUGGAAGAGUAUGUUAGAGUAUUUGAGCCUUUGCUUUUUGAAGAAUGCCGGGCUCAACUUUACAGUACCUGGGAAGAAUCAACAGAAACAGUGUCAAGAGAUACUCAUAUUAUGGUGCGAGUGAAGGCAAAUGAGUCAAGAGAAAGAGGUUGGUAUGAUGUGAAAGUCCUUCCAGUACACGAAUUCAAAUGGUCAUUUAAGGAGGGUGAUGUUGCAAUCCUUUCGUCCCCUAGGCCUGGAUCAGUCAGAUCCAAGCAGAACAGUUCAUCUUUAAGUCAGGAUGAUGGGGAAUCAGAAAUCACUGGUCGAGUGGUCGGUACAGUUAGGCGUCACUCACCUAUUGAUACUCGAGAUCCUCCUGGUGCAAUUCUCCAUUACUAUGUUGGAGACUCUUAUGAUUCCAGCAGGGUUGAUGAUGAUCACAUCAUAAGAAAACUUCAAAGUGGAAGCAUCUGGUAUUUGACAGUGCUUGGUUCUCUUGCUACCACACAGAGGGAGUAUAUUGCUCUACAUGCAUUUCGUCGCUUAAAUGUGCAGAUGCAAACUGCAAUCCUUCAGCCUAGUCCUGAACACUUUCCUAAAUAUGAGCAACAGACCCCAGCCAUGCCUGAAUGCUUCACACAAAACUUUGUUGAGUAUCUGCGCAGAACCUUCAAUGAACCCCAGCUGGCAGCAAUCCAAUGGGCAGCUAUGCAUACAGCUGCUGGUACAAGUAGUGGGACAACAAAAAGACAAGAACCUUGGCCGUUUACCCUUGUUCAAGGACCUCCCGGAACAGGAAAAACACAUACGGUAUGGGGAAUGUUGAAUGUAAUUCACCUUGUGCAGUAUCAGCACUACUACACCUCUUUACUUAAACAUGUAGCCCCUGAAAGCUACAAGCAAGUCAACGAGAUCAAUUCAGAGAAUGCCCCCACUGGAUCCAUUGAUGAAGUUCUUCAAAAUAUGGACCAGAAUCUCUUACGAACUUUGCCUAAACUGGUCCCAAAACCAAGAAUGUUGGUUUGUGCCCCAUCUAAUGCUGCCACUGACGAGCUUCUGGCCCGUGUCCUUGAUCGAGGAUUUAUUGAUGGAGAGAUGAAAGUAUACCGACCUGAUGUCGCUCGAGUUGGGGUUGAUUCUCAGACACGCGCUGCCCAAGCAGUUUCUGUCGAGCGUAGAACUGAACAGCUUCUUGUUAAGAGUCGGGAAGAAAUUUUGGGGUGGAUGCAUCAGUUAAAAACUCGUGAGGCGCAUAUGACUCAGCAAUUACACUGUCUUCAUAGAGAACUAAAUGCUGCUGCUGCCGCUGUUCGUUCCCAAGGAUCUGUUGGUGUUGAUCCUGACCUUCUCAUGGCCCGAGACCAGAAUCGAGAUGCUUUGCUACAAAACCUUGCUGCUAUGGUUGAGAACAGGGAUAAGGUUCUGGUUGAGAUGUCUCGGCUUGCCCUUUUGGAAAGUAGGUUCCGUCCUGGUAGUGGUUUUAAUUUGGAAGAGGCUCGUGCUAGUUUGGAGGCCAGUUUUGCUAAUGAAGCUGAGAUAGUCUUCACUACAGUUUCUAGCAGUGGCCGCAAGUUGUUUUCUCGUCUUUCCCAUGGUUUUGAUAUGGUAGUCAUUGAUGAAGCAGCCCAAGCCAGUGAGGUGGCAGUCCUGCCUCCCCUCUCUCUUGGGGCAGCAAGAUGUGUUCUUGUUGGAGAUCCUCAGCAACUUCCGGCUACAGUUAUAAGCAAGGCUGCAGGAACAUUGAUGUACAGUAGAAGUCUUUUUGAAAGGUUCCAACAAGCAGGGUGCCCGACAAUGUUGUUGUCUGUGCAGUAUAGAAUGCAUCCCCAAAUUCGGGAUUUCCCUUCCAGGUACUUCUAUCAGGGGCGCCUCACUGAUAGUGAAAGUGUGGCUAAAUUGCCUGAUGAGCCAUACUACAAGGACCCUUUACUUAGACCUUAUUUAUUCUAUGAUAUCAGACAUGGGCGAGAAUCUCACAGGGGUGGAUCAGUCUCUUAUCAAAACAUACAUGAAGCACAAUUUUGUCUCCGAUUAUACGAGCAUGUUCAGAAAACAUUGAAAUCUUUGGGAUUAGGAAAGAUUACUGUUGGCAUAAUUACUCCUUAUAAGCUGCAGUUGAAGUGCCUCCAACGUGAGUUUGAGGAAGUCUUAAAUUCCGAAGAAGGGAAGGAUCUAUAUAUCAAUACAGUUGAUGCUUUCCAAGGUCAAGAACGUGAUGUGAUUAUUAUGUCUUGUGUGCGUGCAUCAAGUCAUGGGGUUGGCUUUGUUGCAGAUAUACGAAGAAUGAAUGUUGCCCUUACACGAGCAAGAAGGGCCCUUUGGGUCAUGGGAAAUGCGAAUGCUCUGGUGCAAUCUGACGAUUGGGCUGCAUUGAUUGCUGAUGCAAAAUCUCGAAAUUGCUACAUGGACAUGGACUCCCUUCCUAAGGACUUUCUAGCGUCCAAGGGACUGUCUUACACACCAUUGCUUAAUAAGGCUUCCUCGAAUAUGAGGGGCUUGAGAUCAGCUGGACCAAGAUAUAGAUCAAUGGAUAUGCAUAUGGAAUCCAGGUUGGGAGCACCGUCUGAAGAUGAUGAGAAGAUGGGUGCUCCAGUAAGCUCCAGAAACGGGAACCAUCGUCCAUCAAGGUAUUCCAUGGAGAAUUCGUUAGAUGAUUUUGAUCACAUGGGUGACAGAACCAGAGAUGCCUGGCAGUAUGGUAUAAAGAAGCAGAAUUCCACCGGAGCUAUGGGAAAGAGAGACAUAUAAACCAUUGCUUAUCUGCAGAUUCUUCGUGUGCAUCACUGGGGGAGAUUCGUGGGCUGUUUGAUAUCCUUGUGAUCUCCCCCUAUCGAAGGCCCUCGGUCAACGAAUAUGGGGCUUUCGGCGAAGCUGUAUGAGCCACAAGAUAAACAACCUUGGAAGAGGGGGAAGCAUGCAAUGUGGAUGAACCUACUUUCUUUACAUUGGACAUAUCGUUGUGUUGGUUCUUACAAAUAUUGUUUGGGGGAAGACUGCAGACAUAUGCCAGUCCUCGUUCAUGUGGUGUGAAUGGGAGCAACCUGCUUGAAGGGCAGGCGGGGGAAUACUCAAUUUUGUAUCAAAAUGAAAGGAAAAUACAUGAUGAUGAUUUUAGGGAUAUCUAAGGAGGCACUUUGCUGUCAACUACUGACUUUGUACAUAACAUGGCUUCACAACAUUGUUUUAGCAAAUUGUUUGUGUUUCAUUAUUUCAUGACAAGCGGAAGUGUUCACUUCCACAGGAGAAGGAAAAGGAAAUAGAAGGGUUACCCAAUCUCUUAUAUUACUUCCUAUACGCGGAAUGUGCUUGUAUGGAUGGAAACUAUCAUUUAUUUAUUUAUUUAUUUAUUUUGUUCAAGUCUUCUUCUAUCUUAGAAAAAGUUACUCAAGAUACAAUCAACAUCAACAUUUGUAUGCUCUCAUGAGAUGCUGGCUUGGGUGGUAGGUAGGAGUCUUUGCCUGGCAUAUGGUAACUGGAUUUAGACCCAAAAAAAAGUACCUAUGAUGGGAGCGAAAUUAUCCCCUAAAUGAGAGUCUAUACUCACACGAGUAUUUAUUUGUAAUUAUUUUUAUUAAGAUAGGUGCAGAUAUCCAUAGAAUAUGAGGAUGGAUAUUAAAUUUGUUUCUCGC